GUGCAUAUUUUAACAUUUGCUACGGCAAUUAGUCCUAACAGAAUGGCGGUAGAAAAUCAAUUCAAACAUUCGAAAGAUCUUUUCAAAUGUGGUGAUGGUUCAACUAUGGUUUUCUUUAUGCGUCCUUGCAGUCACAGACAAGAAUUGAGACCAUUAAUAGAGUCUGGCGGUGGUAAGGUUACAUCUAAAGUGAUGAAGGAAAGUAUAAAACUUGCAGAGAAAGGAAGUACGGUUUCUGCAGAUGACUAUAUAUCAGCUAAAUACAUAGAAGACUGCGUGAAUCAGAAUAAACUAUUACCUAUGGAUUCAUACAGAGUGAAGUCAGGAUCCAGAGUGCGUAAUGAAUCAGGUGAUACUAAUGUGUCAAAAGAAAGUUUUGGUUCCAAUGAUAGUUUAUCACCCGCAUCCUAUAUUGUACAGACAAAAGCCAGAGAUUAUAAAGGGAGAUCCAAGUACACCAAAGAAGAUGACAUAGCCAUGUUAACAUUCCUGCUUGAUGAAAAAAGAUAUUCUGAAGCAUUAGGUAUACGUGUAUGGAAAGAUAUGGAAUCAAAAAAGGUAACUUUACACACAGCCAGCUCUAUGAAUACACGCUAAAAAGAA